CAGAAUAUGAUGACGUACAACACUGAAGUGACCGAGAUGGCAAACAAGCUGGAUUACAUCGAGAACCAGUCCAGGAGGAACAAUCUGAUCUUCGACGGGAUUAAAGACGACAGAAAAGAGACAUGGGAACAGUCCGAAACUAAGGUGAAAGAGGUACUGAGAAACAAGCUUCGCUUAAACACGGAUAACAUCGAAAUCGAGCGAGCUCAUCGCAACGGCAAGCCUGGGGACCGACCACGCCCUAUUGUGGUCAAGCUGCUUCGAUACAAGGACAAACAGAACAUUCUAAGGCAAGCGAAGAUGCUCAAAGGAACACAGAUCUUCAUAAACGAGGAUUUUUCGGACAAAAUCAGACAGAAGAGAAAAGAUCUGCAACCGGCACUACGGGCGGCCAGGGAACGAGGACAGGUGGCCUAUAUACGGUUUGACAAACUGGUCAUCUCCGACCGCAGGACUGAUAACUAAAACUGCACGGUAUUUACCAUAUAGA